UUCAAAUUACCAACCCCAGAGUUCCUACUAUAUCCAGAAACGCUGGCUAAACAAAUUUUUUUUAACGAUUCAUCAGCUCUCCCGUCUCCGGCAUUACCAAAACGCACAUCCUGUUUGCUCUGCGUCCAUCUUUCACUUUCCGAGCUAGGGCCAUAUACGUAACCGGCUCAGCCACUGAACGCCGGCGAAUUCGCGAUGACAACGACGUCCUCCAUCACAUCCGUCGAAUUGAAUUAUCUCGUUUUUCGUUAUCUUCAAGAAUCAGGUUUUACCCAUUCAGCUUUUGCCUUAGGAUAUGAGGCUGGUAUUAACAAAUGCUCUAUUGAUGGCAAUUUCGUUCCACCUGGGGCUCUUAUUACCUUUAUCCAGAAAGGACUUCAGUACCUGGAGAUGGAAGCAAACUUGAGUAAUAAUGAUGCAGAUGUUGAUGAAGAUUUCUCAUUCUUACAACCAAUAGAUCUCAUUACAAAAGACGUCAAUGAGCUAAGGAAAAUUAUUAAGGAAAGAAAGAAGAACUUGCAGAAAGAUAGAGAGACAGAUAAAGAGCUUGACAGGGAGCAUGAAGGAGAAUAUGGAUGCCUGAAAGGGAAGGAAAGAUAUGAGAGGGUGAAGGAAUGUGAAAAAGAGAGAGAGAGGAUAGAAAGGGAGAAGGAACAUGAAAAGGAGAGAGAGAGGAUAGAAAGGGAGAAGGAGCGAGAAAAGCAGCAUGAGGAUAUCACUGAUAGAGAGAUGGUUACAGUUCAAGAGGACAAGGAUUAUCCCAAGCAUGAAGAAAAUGGAGUUCCUGGAGGACCGGAACCCAUGGAUAUAUCGACAACUCCAACAUCGCAGGGAGGUGAAAUUACUUGUUCUGAUGUGACAGUUUUGGAAGGGCAUGCUUCUGAGGUUUGUGCUUGUGCAUGGUGUCCAACAGGUUCUCUUCUUGCAUCUGGAUCUGGUGAUUCGACGGCUCGUAUUUGGACCAUAGCUGAUGGGACCUCAAGGUCUACUUCUCAGAAUGGUCCUUUGAAUGUGUUGGUCCUGAAGCAUGUAAAGGGACGGACAAAUGAGAAGAGUAAAGAUGUCACCACUCUUGAUUGGAAUGGUGACGGCACAUUGCUUGCGACGGGUUCAUAUGAUGGACAAGCGAGAAUUUGGAGCACAAAUGGUGAACUGAAGAGUACUCUUAUUAAGCAUAAAGGACCCAUUUUCUCGCUAAAGUGGAACAAGAAGAGUGAUUAUCUUCUCACUGGAAGCUGUGAUAAAACUGCAAUAGUCUGGGAUGUAAAGGCAGAAGAAUGGAAACAACAGUUUGAAUUUCAUGAAGGUCCGAUUCUUGAUGUUGACUGGCGCAGCAAUGUUUCAUUUGCUACGAGCUCUACUGACAACAUGAUAUAUGUCUGCAAGAUUGGAGAAACUCGACCUGUUAAAACUUUUGGGGGCCAUCAGGGUGAGGUUAAUUGUGUCAAAUGGGAUCCAACAGGAUCGUUGCUGGCUUCUUGCUCUGAUGACAUCACUGCCAAGAUAUGGAGUAUGAAGCAAGACAAGUAUGUUCACGAUUUGAGGGAGCAUUCUAAGGAGAUAUACACAAUCAGAUGGAGUCCAACUGGACCUGGGACAAACCAGCAAUUAGUACUGGCAAGUGCGUCAUUUGACUCAACAGUGAAGCUAUGGGACGUGGAACUAGGAAGACUUCUUUGCAGCCUUAAUGGACACAGGGAACCUGUGUACUCAGUUGCAUUUAGCCCAAAUGGAGAGUAUUUGGCUAGUGGAUCUCUUGAUAGAUCCAUUCACAUCUGGUCCUUGAAGGAAGGAAGGAUUGUAAAAACAUACGCUGGUAAGGGGGGUAUAUUUGAAGUCUGUUGGAACAAGGAUGGCGACAAGAUUGCUGCAUGUUUUGCCAACAAUACAGUAUGCGUGUUGAAUUUCAGAAUGUAAGGAGUUAAAGAGGUCCCAUGGACUCGAAUUACUCUGUGCAACUCAGAUAGAUGCUUAUCUAAUAACAAGCCGGGACAGAAUUUUCUGGCGUUGAAAAGUGGCAGAGUUUUCAUGUUCAUUAACAUAGAUGUAGGCAUUGCUUAGUAAUUUUCUUUUUUAUGUUAGCCAAAGUGAGAAUUAAUUAACUGUUGUUAACAGUUAACGAGUCAUUUGCUCUGUAGUACAGCUCCUACAGUAUUCCUACAACCCCUCAUUUAAGUACUUUCUUCUGGUGAUUUAGGAAAGCCCAGAUUAAAUUUGAUGUUAUCUUUGUAUGAAUGUUUUUAUUUAUAUGCCUAAACAGUAUAAUUUAUGCAACUA